UGACGGUAAGAACAAGAAGACAACCAAUGGACGUUAUAUACAAGGUUCCCUCUACCCCUAUCUAUAUGAUCAAGCCAAACCCUCCUUUCGCUUAUUCACAUUUCCAUCCUAAACAUAGUCUGCUAGUUAGCUUCUCGCUGCCAAGCUCCCACCCAUGGAAGAAGAAGCUAAGCCGGAGUACAACACUCGAGGGAAAGGAGGAUUCGAAGCAACUUAUUUCAUUUACGGUAUGGUGGCAUUGGAGAACAUUGGUUGUGUUGGAAACAUAGUGAGCUUGGUGCUCUAUCUCCGUAUUGAUCUACCUGGUGCUGCUAAUACUCUCCCAAACUUGAUGGUAUCAGCUUUGUUGCUAUCUGUUGUCGGUGGCUUCAUUUCGGACACGUAUAUAAACAGAUUCCACACUUGUCUGAUUUUUGGGAUGGUUGAAAUAUCUGCUCUACUGAUGAUGACGGCUCAAGCUCAUGACGAGGAGUUGCAAUCAGCAUCUUGUGACAAGUUUUUUUGUAUGACACGUAGAUCAGCAAUCAUGUUCUCUACAUCCCUGUGGUUAUGGGCACUGGGAUCAGGUGGGGUUAAAGGGUCACUUCCUGCACUUGGUGCUGAUCAAUUUGAUCAGAAGGACCCAGAGGAAGCCAAGGGUCUUGCAAGUUAUUUCAAUUGGCUCUUGCUCAGUAUGUUAACCGGUACAUUAGUUGGAGCCACUGUCAUAGUUUACAUUAGCACAAUCGAGGGUAGCCACAAAUGGUGGAAGGGUUUUCUCAUAACUUUUGUGUGUGCAUAUGUUGGUUUUAUCAUUUUUGCCCACGGAAAGCCUUUCUACCGCCUUCAAGUCCCGGGAAAAAACCCUCUAGUAAGAAUCGCACAGGUUAUUGUUGUGGCAAUAAAGAAUAGAAAGUUGCCACCUCCAGAGAGCCCCAGUGAAUUGUAUGAGAUUAAUGAGAGAGAAUCAGCUUCCACCGAUACUAAGAUUGCUCAUACUGAACAGUUUAGGUCCUUUGACAAAGCUGCAAUUCUUCCCAAAGAUGCCGAGCCCUUGCCAUGGACGGUCUGCACAGUGACGCAGGUAGAAGAAGUAAAGGUCUUGACAAGAAUGUUACCUAUCAUAGCCAGCACAAUUAUGAUGAAUAUAUGUCUGGCACAACUAAAAAUCUUCUCAGUGCAGCAAGGUUACACAAUGGACCGAAAACUCGGCUCAUUAGAAGUCCUUGCUCCAUUCGUACCUUUAAUCCCCCUAAUAUUCAAGAUCAUCCUUAUCCCCAUCUAUGAAUUUACUUUUGUGCCAUUUGCGCGCAAAAUUACCAAGCAUCCAUCAGGUAUUACUCAACUUCAACGUGUAGGGGUCGGCUUGGUCCUUUCAGCCCUGUCCAUGGCAGUUGCAGCCCUAGUGGAAGUAAAGAGAGAGCACCAAUCCUUGAAGAAUCCAUUAAAGCCAAUUAGUCUCUUUUGGUUAUCGUUUCAAUAUGGCAUUUUCGAGAUAGCCGAUAUGCUCACUCUAGUUGGGCUGUUAGAAUUUUUCUACAAGGAAGCCCCUUCAGGCAUGCGAUCCCUUUCAACUUCGUUUACAUGGAUUUCACUAUCAUUUGGCUCCUACUUGAGCAUCAUAUUUGUUGAAACCAUUAAUGCAGUGACCGAGAGUAUUACACCUAGCAAACAAGGGUGGUUGGAAGGACAAAUCUUGGACCAGAAGAAUUUGAAUCUCUUCUACUGGUUUCUGGCCAUUCUUAGUGUCCUCAACUUCUUUAACUAUCUCUAUUGGGCAACAUGGUACAAGUACAAAAAAGAAGACACAAAUGUUUCUACCAUGGCCAAAUUGAUAUCAAUAAGUGGUGUAUCUCUCCUCGAGACAGCUGAGGAUGAAUCCAGGGCCACAAAUGGAGAAUACACCACUGAACACACUGAAGUAAAUGAUAGGAAAGUUUGACAAAUUGGUGAUAUCCAAACUGCAUGAACAAGAAAUGAAAGCUCCAAACUGCUCAAAUAUACUUAUAGAUCCUCAAGAUAAUUGACUUGUCCUCUUUUUGUAUCUGGCUUCGUUGUGUUCUGAAUAUGAACUACCUUGUAAAUGUUUUUGACAUAAUAUGGUUGGACUCACUUUUAGAUAUUCAGUUACAACUAUAAGUCUGUAAAAGAUUUGAGUUCUAAAGUAAAUUCAAUGGAUUUUUGAAAAUUCAAAAUGAUUUGUGUGGCAGCCCUCAGUUUGAAUCAGAAUGUUUAGAAGGCUUUAAGUGAGUCUCUCCCUACUGAAUUCUGUUGAAAAGGAGCAAGGCUGUGAUUUACGAAAGAAUGAGGGUCCAAAAAAAGCUGGAGGAAAGACAUUUUCAGCCUAUUUUCCAUCUUUCAUAGAAGAAAAGGGCCCAAAGAACCUUGCAAAUUUAACAUUUAGUGAAAAGUUUGCCUCCUUUGUUUUAAAAUAGUCUUUUCCCAUUUUCUAGCAAGAAGAAGUAGGGAUUCGGCUCUUAUGAUAAGAUAGAUAAAUCACACGGACUCAAGCUGAAGAUAUUGAUUCGUUUUCUUUCCCUCUUUCCUUACCAUUCACUUCAUAGAUGGAGCUAUCUAUCAAAUAGCAUGGCUUAGCAAAAGGCCUAGCCUAGCUAAAUAAAGACGUAUUCUUAACCUAAAGAGCUCAAACUAAUCUCAAUCAUAAAUUGAGCAAGAAAAGUCGUCACCAAUAAUCACCCUCUUAUCCUAGCCCAAUGAAUACAAGCAACAUAAAUCUACAUAAAUUUUUACCAAUUAUUAUCUGUAUUCCCAGCCGCACCACCACGUUUCACCUCCACUACCACUACCUCUCCCUCUCCCUCUCCCUCUCCCUCUGCAUCCCCACCACCGCAAACUUUGCUGUUGGAUCUCAACCCCAGCCCCAUUUUACCAAACACUUCCAACCUUCGCUGGCAAGCCCCUUAAACACCCUCCUCCCUCGUAAUCAAUUAGUUUAAAAAGUUGCAAUUUUUGGUUACUCAAACCAAGAAUUCAUGAUUG